AUUCAGGGGAACACCAAUUCCCUGCGCCCGCGACCUAUCGUCGACCCCUCAAACAUCACUCACACAGAGAUUAUGGACAUCAAGAGCCACACAAUCGUGAGGGGAAACUCUGUGGUGACCACCAGUCAGCCCAUGAGUCGAGCUCUGGUCACGCGAUCUAAUUCUCUGCGAAAAGCGGAUUCACCGCCAGCUCUGCGACCCAAUCGCGUGCCACCGCCUCUGCCAGAGCACGACGUGGUCGACAGUCAGGGCAUGUCAGCCAUGUCUGCCCAGCAAUCGCAACAAAUGAUGGCCUUUCCUGUGCCGCCAACGCUGAACCAACACUCGCAUCAUAACCACAAUCACUCUCAUCAUCACAUGAAUCACCAAAACAUGAAUCAAUUCCGCAAUUCGUCUCAACCAUCAGUGCCUUCAAUGCCGACUCUCAUGUCGGGCCACAACUCAAUGCAAUCAUCGCUUAAACAACAGCUAAAUCUAAAUAUAAAUCAAAAUUCAAACCAAAACUUCAAGAAUGGUUACAAUUCUAACACUAAUUCGGUUAACAAUAACUCUCCCAAUAAUAACAACAAUAACAACAUUUGGACCAAUAGUAGAGCAAAGUUCUCAAUCUUACCGCAACCACAACAACCCAUUAUACCUCAUCAGCCCUUCCCUCACAACCAAUCACUCCAUUACCCCUCACAACCCGUACCCCAAACUCAAUCUCAGCCGCAAAUGAAGCCACAGUUAUCUCCCCAUCAAUCGAGUCAACAAAGAGCUAAAUCUCCGGUUUCUACACAUUCUGUGCCACAACUCAUUCAACACCAGAACAACCAAAUCAAUGAACAAACGGUCGCUAAUGGACCACAAAUGCCAUAUCAGACCUCUUCCAUGCAAAUGCCAUCCCAUCCUCAGAUGCAUCUAAUGGGCGCACAAAUGCCGGCCCAACCCGUCAAUAGUCAGAAUGCAUAUCCAUUUCCACAUCCAAACUCCAAUGCAAAUGCACUUCACUCGCAACAAACCAUUCCAAUGAGUGUCGUGCCCUCAAUGGGUCCAACUCGAGGACAAUCUCCACAACAGCCCUCUCCACAUAUGAUGCAACCAACUCAAGGCCCCCAACCUUCGCAACCAAUGCAACAACAAUCGCAACAACGCUUAUCGCACGAGCAGUUCAGAGCAGCCCUUCAAUUGGUUGUCAGUCCCGGAGAUCCCAGGGAGAAUUUGGAGAACUUUGUGAAAAUAGGUGAGGGCUCCACAGGCAUCGUAUGCAUCGCUCUCGAGAAGAGCUCCUCACGACAGGUGGCCGUCAAGAAAAUGGAUUUACGGAAACAACAGCGACGGGAACUCCUCUUUAACGAAGUGGUCAUUAUGCGUGACUAUCAUCACCCGAAUAUCGUCGAGAUGUACGACUCGUUUCUGGUGGACGACGAGCUCUGGGUUGUGAUGGAGUUCUUAGAAGGAGGCGCUCUCACGGAUAUAGUCACACAUUCGCGUAUGGAUGAGGAACAGAUCGCCACAGUUUGCAAACAGUGUCUCAAAGCACUGUCAUUCCUUCACUCCCAGGGAGUCAUUCAUCGCGACAUCAAAAGUGAUUCCAUUUUACUCGCGAGUGACGGAAGAGUAAAGUUAUCUGAUUUUGGAUUCUGUGCUCAAGUGUCCACUGAAUUACCCAAACGUAAAUCAUUGGUUGGAACGCCUUAUUGGAUGGCACCCGAAGUAGUGAUAUCACGUCUGCCGUAUGGGCCAGAAGUGGACAUUUGGUCGUUGGGUAUAAUGGUUAUAGAGAUGUGUGACGGGGAGCCGCCCUUCUUCAACGAACCGCCCCUACAGGCCAUGCGUCGCAUCCGAGAUAUGCCUCCACCCAAACUCAAGAAUGUCCAUAAAGUGUCACCGCGUUUGCAGGCAUUCCUCGAGAAGAUGUUAGUCCGCGAUCCCACACAACGGUCCACUGCUUUGGAACUGCUUCAGCACCCAUUCCUCCGUCAGGUAUGCGGGACCGCCCAGUCUAUUGGUCCCAUUGAUGCGGUCGUUCCGUCACAGCCCCUGUUGAGCAUCUGUUGAUCACUCCUUUAGUUUGCAUUUGUAACUCAUUUAUUCAAUCAUUUUAUGGAUUAUUUGAAUUUUAUUUA